AUAGGAUACCAAAUACAGUGGUUCACCCACCAAUUGCAUUCAUGAAAAGUCAGAAUCUCAAUAGAAAAGGCACACACGAAAGAAUCUUCAUAGCUUCCUCUCAAACUAUUUUAAUUUCUUGUACCUCCUUCUUAUCUCUAUUAACCAACAAAACUUCCUCCUUUUGGUACUAUUAUAAAGUAUAGUAGAAUUAUUUUCAAGUAACUAUAUAUAACUGAUUAAACAUAUCCAUUGCUUCUAAUAAAGGCCUCUCAAAUCUCUUUGUAAAUCCCCCCAACAACAAAAAAAAAACUACUCCAUAAUCCAACAGGAAAAACUAACCUUCAUGUAUUAUCACACUUUUGCUCUGUUCUUUCUUCUCUUUUCGCUUCCUUCUUUUCCCGCCAGAAUACUACAGCAAAACGAUCCUUUAACAGAACUCACCGAUAAUAUUCAAAAUGCCACGUGGCAUGCUUUCGUUAAAUUCCUCGAUGCCGGAAAAGGUACUCAGGUCACCGGUAUGUCUGAGCUCAAAAAAUACUUCCAACGAUUCGGAUAUUUAUCAAUUCCAAAUCAAAAUUUCACCGAUUUUUUCGACGAAGAUUUAGAGUCUGCAGUACUAAAUUACCAAAAAAACCUCGGUUUAACAGUCACCGGAAAAUUAGACGAUGAAACUGUGAACGAAAUUAUGUUGCCACGUUGCGGUAUGAGUGAUUCAGCUCAUGAUCAUGAUCAUGAUCACAGUUCGUUAUUACAUACUACGAAAAAUUACGCGUAUUUUUACGGUAGACCUAGGUGGACAAAAACGUCACCUAUGAUAUUAUCGUACGCUUUUUCUCCGAAUUCGAUGAUCGAUUACAUCGAUGAAUCGGUAAUUAAGACCGUUUUUCAACGGUCUUUUUCGCGGUGGUCGUCCGCGAUUCCCGUGAAUUUCACGGAAGCGGACGAUUAUUCCAGCGCGGAUAUUAAGAUCGGGUUUUAUCACGGUGAUCACGGUGACGGAGAGCCGUUUGAUGGAGUGUUAGGAGUGUUAGCUCAUGCUUUUUCACCGGAAAAUGGGAAGUUUCAUUUAGAUGCAGCUGAAACAUGGGCCGUUGAUUUUGAUGAUCAACGGUCAAGAGUUGCAGUUGAUUUAGAAUCAGUUGUUACCCAUGAGAUUGGGCAUGUACUUGGGCUUGCUCAUUCUUCGGUUAAGAAUGCAGUAAUGUACCCAAGUUUAAGCCCAAGAACGAAGAAAAGGGAUUUAAAGCUUGAUGACGUGGAAGGAGUCCAGGCUUUAUAUGGGUCAAACCCGAAUUUUAAGUACACGUCAUCAUUGGAGCAUGACAUGUCAUCAUCAAAUAGAAGAAGAACUUCAAAGUGGACCAAUACUUUUUUUGGGUUGGUGGCUUUGGUGUUUUCAUUGUGUUUAUGAUUUGAUUGCUCUUGUUUAAUUUCUUUUUUUAAUUAUUUUUUGGAUGGUUAUACUUAAUUUACAAGUUAGUGAUGGAUAAGAUGUUGUUGUUGUAAAGAUAUUUUACACAGGAAAAGAAAGUAAAGAACAUUCUUUGAUGAUGGAUUAAA